GAUCGAACAAAUUUCAAAAUGUUCGAAUAUUCUGACUGUAUAAAUUUUGUUCUUUUUAUUUUCCAAGUUAACUGCAAUUAAUAUGUUCAGUUCUUUAAUGGAGAUGAUAAUAUUUCUCGACAAUGAAAUCAAUUUCCUCCUUGCAGAAAAGAAGAAAACAGGGAAGGAAAUAUGUCUCAAAUAUCGACUGAAGAAAAUGAAGGAGUUCAAUAUAUUCUCAAUGAUGAUGACUUUGUGUUAGAUACAACUGAUGAAGGUGAAGACCUGAAUGAUGUAAUCCUUUCAGAUGGUACUAGAGCUAUACUUGUAAAUGGACACAUUUUGCAGUCAGACCCACAAACCAUAUUUCUACAAGAAGGAGAUGACAUUAGUCAAUACCUGAUCAAUACUAAUGAUGGUGGAAUAUUAAUAGCAGAUACAGAAAAUACAACAGAUGCCCAAAAAACUGAUGACACUGAAGUAAUUCAAUACAUUGAUGACGAAGGAAAUUUUGUAUCCGAACCUACGAACAUUUUGUAUGUAAACGAAGAUGGCGUUCCCAUCAAGGAAGAAGACUUGGUAAAUUACGAGAUAGCUCAAUCUAUUGAGCCUGAAGAGGAAAAUUAUCAAACUCAAGUGAUAAAUCCCUCUCAGUUAUUGACAAAACAAGAAAGUGAAGAAUAUUUUGCAAACAUUUUGGAUCAGAAUGAGUACCAAUACGCUAUUUUGAAAGAUGGCAAUCUACAUAUUCAAACCGUUCCGGCUGAAGCAGGUCAAGUAAGUGAGUUGGAAUGUUCUGACGUGCCAACUCUAGAUGUGUCGAACAUUAGAGGAACGAAUCUCCUCACUGGCCAAUCUGUAUCACUGGAGGGUUAUAUUGAGAAAAUAACGAAAAAAAUUGGGACAUGCAAUCCAUAUACGCUUAUAGGGGAAGAGUCAAACAACCGUAAACGAAGGGUUAAAAAGAGCCUGAAAGGGUUGUUGAAUAUGAAAUUGAAUUUGGGCGUGACGUCUAGCGGUAAAAGAUUGGUUGGAAAAGUAGUUCAUGUAGGAACCAAGGAAGUAUCCAGUAAAAAAGAAAAUCAGAAAAAGCUUCUACCCGAUUGCAAGAACGAAACACAUGCUGGGCCCAUUCAAAUACCUUCGCAGCAGAGCAAGAGCCCAGAUGGCUGCAGUGGGGCUUCUGGGGACCGAUUAACAACUGUACCGCUUGCUGUUGGUGCGUGUGGAAUAGAUUCAGUGAACAAUGACCACAGUAUGUACAGUCGAAGUAUAGAAAGCAUGGUGGAACCCCCACCUUUGCUCAAUGUAAUUUCUCAAGAUUCCGCCUCUUUUCGACAGAUGGCAGAUACUCUUACGAACCUCAUGAGUACCGACAAUUUGAAGACCAAACUGCAAGAAAAAACGCUAAUGAUCAGCGUUGUAGAAGGAAACGAUCAGUCCUCCGAAGAGCCCACCAAGAAUAUUUUCCACUGCAGCGGUCAUAUGGAAGUUGAGUCUGGCUAUGAUGAACAUGGGAAUUAUUUGGAAAAUUGGUCUUUUGUACCUUAUCAUAAUGUAGAGGAACUGUUUCAGAGCAGAUCGUUUCAGGACAAAAAAAUCAAUUCUUCAACUUGCAAAUAUGAAGAUGUGACAAAUGUAUCCUUAAUCAAUACCCUUCAGAAAAACAACAAACGACUGAUUCGGGUCGUAAUAGAUCCGGAGAACAUGUGUUUCAAGUGCCAUAAAGAUUUUCAAAGCAAUCGUAAUUUGAAAGAUCACUUGGAGAAUAUACAUUUUCAGUGUUCCGUUUGUGAGAAAAGCUUCAAAAGUAUACAAGAUGUUCGACAGCACAAGCAGGAACAUACCAAGACGGGGAAAUUAUUUAUUUGUGCAAAUGAUGAAUGUCAUAAGCUUUUCGCUAGUAAAGAUCUGCUGUUGCAACAUACUAAAACACAUAAAUUGGAGGCUUUGGAGCAGCAAGAUACUCAAGAUUACAGUUGUAGCGAACCGGUUUUGAAGAAGUUAUUAUAUAAAUGUGAAAUAUGCAGUAAAGCCUUCUGCAGUAUACGCGAUAUGAACUUUCAUAAGAACAUAACUCAUACAAGUAAACUUUACGGCUGUGAGAUUUGCAAACGUUCCUUUUCAAGAUAUGCCAAUUUACAAAGACAUGCUGAAAUACACAAAGGAUCUGCAGAAAUGUUCAGUUGUGAUAUCUGUGGCUGCUCCUAUCACUAUAUGUCAUCGCUAACUAGGCACGUAGUAAACACUCAUAUCAAAACAGUGGAGGCUGAUAAAACAACAUGAGGAUCGGAUGGAUAUAUUUAUUUAAAAACAUUUUUUCAAUAUCAAACAUUUUAGUCAAAUAUAACUUGUAAGUUUGUAAAAUAUGUGAUAUGAAGUAAAUAUACAAUUGUUUUUAA